AUGCGCCCUCGCAAACCUGGGACCAACACCGGGGUCAUCCCCGUUGUCCCCGAGGAUAAGGAGGACGUCAUGAUUACUUUUUCGCUGUCUGAACCAUCGGCAUCACCUCGGACACGAUCCCCUUUGGCCCGAUCGCAUCUCCGCUCUCGAUCACUGGCGGGAAUCCCGGGCAUGCCGUCUAUGACGCGCGCUUAUUCUUCCCCAGGGCCGGACUCCCAGGGUCGUUAUAUCUUCAUCAAUGGCCGCGGGGCACCAGUCGAUGCGAAAAGAUCUCCCCUGCAAAUGCGCCCUGACGAUUACAGCGACCGCAUGGGCGCCCUCAACAUCUCCGAAACCAUCUCCGAGAACGCAGAAUUAGAAACCAAUCCCAAAUCGUCUUCACAGCCAGCCUCAUCUCCCGUCCUGAUGCCGCAGACUUUUCCCCGUAUCAAUCGCCUGCGUCCGACUUCACCCCUUCCUUUCCAGACUCCCAUCAGCCCCUCCUUACAUUCCCCACCCAUUCUGGGCUCUAAAUACAAUGAGUCUUACCCCAGCCACCCCGGGUCUGUUUCGUCCAUCUCCGUCCCCUCAACUCCGACCAGCCUGCGCUCCCGAAGCCCCAGCAUUUCGUCACUAGAAACAAUCCCCGACAUCCCCGACGCUGAGAAUGAGGCCCUUGAAGAGGAUCGGAUCGCGGAGCUGAAAGCCGCAGCUGAUGCGGCGGACGCGGCAAGUACUGCCAACCGACGGCGCGGGGCAUCCGAUGCACCCAGUUCAUUCACUACAAUGCGGGGGGGAUCGGGCGGAUAUGCAACUCGGAGCGAGAAGCGCAAGCGAUGGAGUGUCUGUGGUGCCGAGCGACGGCAGGAUCUCGACCUAGAGACCAUUUGGGAGGAUUGA